GAGCGGGAGGCACCGGGACCGGAGCGCGGGGAGCCGAGCAGCCGCGAUGGCUGAGGAGCUCAGUGAGCUGCUGAGGGAGUUCGACGAGGUCAUGGAGGACUUCGCCCGGGGCCCUGCGAGUCAGUACCAGCAGCACCUGGAGGAGCUGAAGAGGAAAGCGGGACAGAGGGUCUAUGACAGUGGCAUCGAUGAGCUGGAGAGUGCCAGCACAUCCCCAGGAAGCAGCCUCAACUCCAGUGAGGAGCACCUCAACAGCCCAGCUGACACUUAUCCCACCAAAGCAAAGCUCGGAGACACGCAGGAGCUGGAGGAGUUCAUCGCAGACCUGGAUAAAGCCUUGGAGGAGAUGUGAGCUGUGCCGUGGAGUCUGGAGAGGAGCAGCCCCAGCCCUGAGUCUCCCUGAUGCUGCCUCUGCUUCUGCACCCCUGGCUGGGGUGGGGACGGCUCCGGGGACAGGGAUGGGCAUGGGGACAGAUCCGGCCGUGGGACAAUGGUGGCAAGGCCCUGCCAGCGCCAGGAGAGGACAGCCCUGGGUGUCCUGGCCCUGCCCUGGACAAGGUCUGGUGGCUCUGGGGUUUGGGGGGGAGCUGGGCUGCUGCUGAAGCCCCCAGAGUAAUUUUGGGGAAGAUCAGCUUGCAGGACGUUAGCGUGACCCCCGUGUCCCCACCAGGCUGGGAAGCCUGGUUCCUUGGUGGCAUCUGUCACUGCUGACCUUUGCUUUGCAUGGGGAGCCCCAAAUUGGGCCCCUCUCUGCCCCCCCCACCAAGUGCCUCUGCCCCAGCUGCUGCUGUAAAUACUGUAAAAAUAUAUUUUGUGCUGUACAGAGGGGACAUGGAUCUGUGAACAGGAUUUUAAACCUCUG